AUGCGCAUGGAACCCGCGCGCGGCGGCACGCGCGGAGGGAAAGAUCAGUUCGACUGGAACGACGUCAAGGGGGACAAAGACCGCGAGUACUACCUCGGGCACAGCGUGAAAGCGUCCGUGGGGCGAUGGCAGAAGGGCAAGGACAUAUUGUGGUACACCAGGGAGAAGGGCGACGGCCCUGGCGGCGCGAACGACGAGAUCGCCGCGAUCAAGGCCGCGGAGGAGAACGCGAUGGCGGAGGCGUUGGGGUUGAAACCGCGCACGGAGCACGUGAACCGCGGGACGAACCUCGAGAAGCACGAGAUGGACGAGUUCCUGAAGCGCGGGCGCACGGACGACGAUCGCGACUGGAAAGACGAAGACGCGAAGGAGGCGGCGAGGAUCAAAGGCUUGGGCGCGCCCGCGGAGAUGCAGCGCGGCGGGGUCGAGGGCGAGGUCUUAGGGGGUGUCGGGCUAGACGACGACGACGACGACGACGAGCGUCGCGUCAAGCGCGCGCGCGCGGAGGGCGGGGCAUCGAUUCCCCCGCCGCCGACGUUGACGGCGAAGGAGCGAAAGAAGCUGAAGGAGAAGGCGAAGAAGCGCGAGCGCAAGGAGGCGAAGAAAGCGGAGAAGAAGGCGAGAAAGAGGGAGAAGAAGGAAGCGAAGAGGGCGAAGAAGAGGGAGAAAGCGACGCGCGCGGGACGGUCGCCGUCCUCCUCCUCCUCCUCCUCCUCCUCCUCGACGUGA